ACACAAGGAUUAGAGGGUUGCUGUGAGUGUAUGCUCAAAGAGAAGAAGCCAGAAGACAGAAGGAGAUACAAAAAAAAAAAAAAAUCUCCAGAAAAGGACGGCCUUACGAUUGUGGAUAAGUGAUCUGAUUUACCUUUGCUCUACCUAUCAUCUCAUUCGAGCCAAGCUGAAGCCUAACUGAGCCUUCACCUGGGGGAGGACAGAUAAGCAAAGGGACUAUAUAUCCUGGAUCUCCACACGAGGAGCCAUGUGAGCGGCACCCCUCCACCCACUUCACACUACAGAAGUCCCCCCCACAGUUUGCACUCUGAGCUGGGGAGCAGAGCCAGGAUCCCCCCCCCCCCCCUUUCCCCUCCUUGGAACCUCUACUUUCAGGGCUUGCGUUGGAGGGACUCUCCAGACUCGGCGUACCCCAGCGGGAGACUCUCAUCUCGUGGGGAACUGGUCGGGGUGUGAGUGCCCCCUGGUCUGGAGGCCAGCCAGCAGCACUCCAGCACCAUGGAUUACCUGUUUGGGAUUGUAGUGCUGCUGUGUGGGGCGGUGCAGCUUGGAAGAGGAGUUGAGCCCAAGCACAACGUACCCAGGCUAAAGCUGUCAUACAAGGAGAUGUUAGAGUCCAGUAACCUCAUCACCUUCAAUGGCCUGGCCAACAGCUCGAGCUACGACACUUUCCUAUUGGACGAGGAGCGGGGCAGGCUACUGGUUGGAGCCGAGGACCAUAUCUUCUCCUUCGACCUCGUCAACAUCAACAGAGACCACAAACAGAUUCCGUGGCCUGCCACCCCUUCUAAGCGGGAUGAAUGCAAGUGGGCAGGGAAAGACCUUGCGAAAGAGUGUUCUAACUUCAUCCGGGUCCUCCAACCGUACAACCAGACCCACCUGUACAUCUGCGGCACAGGAGCCUUCCACCCCAUCUGUGCUUAUCUGGAAAUGGGCAAGAGGGCAGAGGACAACCUCUUUCGACUGGCCACACAUUACGAGAAUGGCCGCGGGAAAAGCCCCUACGACCCCAAAAUGCUCUCAGCCUCACUUCUGAUCGAUGGAGAGCUGUACUCUGGCACAUCUGCUGAUUUCAUGGGAAGGGACUUUGCUAUUUUCCGUACCCUGGGAGAUCAUCAUCCGAUCAGAACAGAGCAGCAUGAUUCGAGAUGGCUGAACGACCCCAGGUUCAUCAGCGUACACUUGAUCCCAGAGAGUGACAACCCAGAAGACGACAAGAUCUUCCUGUUUUUCAAAGAGAACGCCAUGGAUGGAGAGCACACUGGGAAGGCUACCAUCGCCAGGAUAGGACAACUGUGUAAGAAUGAUAUGGGAGGUCACAGGAGUCUGGUGAACAAGUGGACCACUUUCCUCAAGGCCCGGCUAAUGUGUUCAGUCCCCGGGGUCAACGGCAUUGAUACACACUUUGAUGAACUACAGGACGUGUUUCUUAUGAGUUCUAAGGACCCCAAGAAUCCAGUUAUCUACGCUGUAUUCACUACAUCCAGUAACAUCUUUAAAGGCUCGGCGGUGUGUAUGUACAACAUGGCAGACAUCAGGAGAGUUUUCCUGGGUCCCUACUCCCACAGAGAUGGACCGAACUACCAGUGGGUGCCCUUCCAAGGAAGGGUGCCCUACCCUCGCCCUGGCACUUGUCCCAGUAAGACGUUUGGAGGUUUCGACUCCACCAAGGACCUUCCUGAUGAUGUCAUCACCUUCGCCCGGGGGCACCCAGCCAUGUACAACCCAGUGCACCCGAUAGGGGGACGUCCCAUCAUGGUGAGGACGGAUGUGGAGUACCAGUUCUCCCAGCUAGUGGUGGACAGAGUGGAGGCAGAGGACGGACAGUAUGAUGUCAUGUUCAUUGGCACAGAUAUGGGAACAGUGCUGAAGGUGGUGACAAUCCCCCGAGAGAGCUGGCAUGACCUGGAAGAGGUGGUGCUGGAAGAGAUGACUGUCUUUAGGGAGCCCACUCCCAUUACUGCUAUGGACCUGUCCACCAAGCAGCAACAGCUGUAUCUUGGCUCGGCCCUGGGUGUAUCGCAGAUGUCUUUACACCGUUGCGAGGUGUAUGGGAAAGCUUGCGCUGAGUGCUGCCUGGCCAGAGACCCUUAUUGCGCCUGGGACGGCACCGAAUGCUCAAGAUACUUUCCUACUGCCAAGAGGCGAACCAGACGACAGGACAUCAGAAACGGAGACCCUCUCUCCCAGUGCUCAGACCUUCAGCAUCACGACGACAUAGACGGCUUAGGAGGCAGUGUGGAGGACAGGAGCGUGUUCGGCGUGGAGAACAGCAGCAUGUUUCUGGAGUGCAGCCCCAAGUCGCAGAGAGCGCUCAUCUACUGGCAGCUGCAGAAGCCCAACGACGAUCGAAAGCAUGAGAUCAAGCUAGAUGACAGAAUACUUCGUACGGACCAGGGUCUGCUCAUACGCAGUCUAACACAGUCUGACACAGGUGUCUACCACUGCCAGGCUGUUGAGCACGGCUUCAUUCAGCCCCUUCUGCGCCUCAACCUCCAGGUAAUCCCCACCCAGAGACUUGGAGACAUCCUUCCAGGACUUCCCGGUGCAGGAGGCAGUGUAGCUCACUCUGCCAAGCACAGGAUGUGGUACCGUGAUUUCCUGUCACUCUUGGACCACCCAGACUUCAACAGCGUGGAGGAGUUUUGUGAUCGGGUUUGGAAGAAAGAGCGCAAACAGAAGAGGGUGAAGACGCCCAACGGCAAUGGUCAGGGUAAACCUGACAAGACUGGAGGUUCCAACUCUGCAUUACAGCCUAAAGCUUCGGCUCCCAAUGCUCAGAAGCAGCAAGCGAGUCCACCACAGAGCAGAUCAUGGCUUCAGGCUGGAGCUCCAACAGUUGAAGGGCUAGCACGGAGCCAGAAUACCCAGAAGGGUCAACCAAAUAUGGGUAUGUUGAAUGGCCAGGCACCUAAGAACAACCCGAAGAUGCAAAACAGCCAGAAGGGGCAGGGCAGCCUGGCUGGUUCUCAAGUUGUGAGGGGAUCUCGGGCAAGCAGCCAGCACACGGCCAAGUGGAGACGGAUGCAGGAAAAUAAGAAGGGACGCAACAGGAGGACCCAUGAGCUUCAAAGACCUCCACGUAGUGUUUGAAAAGAGAGAGAUGCACACAUGCAACCAGAUCUACACACACAAGCACAAACCCAUGCAUCCACGCGUACACACAAACACAUUCUAUAGAUUGUGUAUCCAACGUAUGAUUCAGUGACCUCUCCAUAACAGCAGCCAGAACAAAAAAAAAAAAAAACAUCAAACAUACUUUUUAGGUAGAAAUACAUGAACUG